AUGGGUGGGGCUUCAGCAGAACCGGCGCUAAGCCCCUUCCCCUGCAGCAGCAGCAGCAGCAGCAGCAGCAGCAGCAACAGCAGCAGCAGCGCGACGGGCAAAGACACACUGUUGGGGAUGCCGGACGCUGGAGGCAUGCUGGAGGGAAGCUUGCAGCAGCAGCAGCUCCUGCAGCAGCAGGAGCAGCACCUGCUGCUGCUGCUGCUCCUUACAGAACAACAGACGUCCCUUGGGUUAGGUUUAAGGUGCGCUUUCAAGAAACAGCCGUCUCAUCCAUAA